UUAUAACUUGAUUCUAAAAGUCGUCUUCUUAUUUCAUAGAUUUCUGGUUAUCACUGUAUGAUUAAUAUUUGAUAAGUGCACAUGUUCUGCACCACCUGCUCUUUCCCUCCAUUUCCCAAUGAUAACCUCUAUAGAUAAGAAUAGAACCCUUGUUAAACCUAUUGAUCCUUAGUGUUGAUGACAUACCAUGAAACCAUACACACUUCUUAGUCUAUCCAGGCUAUCCUAACUGCAAGGUUGGACAUCUAGAAACAAAAUGCGGGAAUGUUUAUCUAUUCACAUUGGACAGGCUGGUGUUCAGAUGGGGAAUGCCUGCUGGGAGCUCUAUUGUCUUGAACAUGGUAUUCAACCGGAUGGAAUGAUGCCGACUGAUGCCAGUAUUGGACAGGCCGACGACUCCUUCAAUACCUUCUUUGCAGAGACAAAUUCAGGAAAACAUGUUCCUCGGGCGGUAUUUGUAGAUCUAGAACCAACGGUGAUUGAUGAAGUUCGCAUGGGGACAUACCGUCAGUUGUUUCAUCCAGAACAAUUGAUUACGGGGAAAGAGGAUGCCGCCAAUAAUUAUGCGCGAGGUCAUUAUACUAUUGGAAAGGAACAAAUUGAGGUUACUGUAGAUAGAAUCAGAAGAAUGGCAGAUAACUGUUCAGGUCUUCAGGGAUUUUUGGUUUUCCAUUCGUUUGGAGGAGGUACAGGCUCUGGAUUUGCUUCUUUACUGAUGGAGCGCUUGUCUGUAGAGUAUGGAAAGAAAUCAAAGCUUGGAUUUUCCAUUUACCCAGCUCCUCAGGUGUCUACAGCUAUUGUGGAGCCCUACAAUGCUGUUUUGUAUACGCACACAACAUUGGAGCAUUGCGACUGUGCCUUUCUUGUUGAUAACCAGGCAAUAUAUGAUAUCUGCCGAACUAAAAUGGACAUUUCAAGGCCUACUUAUACCAACCUGAAUCGUCUGAUUGCUCAAAUCUUAUCCUCAAUUACCGCAUCUUUACGGUUUGAUGGUGCUUUAAAUGUUGAUCUCAAUGAGUUUCAGACCAAUCUUGUACCCUACCCAAGAAUUCACUAUCCAAUGGCAACAUAUGCUCCUGUUAUAUCAUCAGACAAGGCCUUUCAUGAAAAACUAGGCGUUGAUGAAAUAACCCGGGCUUGUUUUGAACCGGAGAACCAAAUGGUCAAGUGUGAUCCAAGGAAAGGGAAGUACAUGGCGGUUUGUUUAUUAUACAGAGGAGAUGUAGUUCCCAAGGAUGUUAAUGCUGCCAUUGCUGCGAUCAAAAUAUCAAAAACAAUUCAGUUUGUAGAUUGGUGUCCCACAGGGUUCAAAGUAGGCAUUAAUUACCAGCCUCCCACAACAGUGCCAGGGGGUGAUCUAGCCAAGACCAAUCGUGCUGUUUGCUGUCUCUCUAACACCACAGCAAUAAUGGAAGCCUGGGCCAGACUUGAUCAUAAGUUUGAUCUAAUGUAUGCCAAGCGGGCAUUUGUGCAUUGGUAUGUCGGAGAAGGAAUGGAGGAAGGAGAGUUUGCUGAAGCCCGUGAAGAUCUCGCAGCUCUUGAGCUGGAUUAUCAAGAGGUUGGAACUGAAAACUAUAGUGAUGAAGAAGGAGAUGAAUACACUGGACAAUACUCUUAUACUUAGUUUUUUAAUUCUCUGAUAUAUGUUAAUCCUUCUUCAAAUAAAAAUGUAAAUGUCCAUAACCACCUUCUUGUUUAAUUAACAUAAUAAAUAAAUAAAUUUAUGCUUC